AUGAAUUUUGAUUCUAGUUCUUCUACUUCUAGUGAUGAAAUAUACGAUUCCAUGUUGUUAGAUUUUAUUGAGGAAAAUCGACAACAACAAGUGAUAGAGGAUACAGUAAGACAUGUUGUUAACACCGAUGUAGAAGAACAAGAAGUUCAUGGUUCACGACGUGAAAAUAUGUCAAGGUGGAUCGUUCCAAGAGAUCGUGAAGGAGCACAUGAUCGGUUAGUUACAGACUACUUUAGUGACCAUCCAUUAUACGGCGAUGAAAAGUUUCGACGUAGGUUUCGUAUGCGAAAACCUCUAUUCAUGAAGAUAGUGAAUACGUUGAGUGCAACUGAUAGAUUUUUUCAACAACAUCCAGAUGCCACAAUGCGACUGGGUGCUUCUGGAAUUCAAAAAUGCACCGCAGCAAUGAGAAUGUUAGCAUAUGGUUGCCCAGCUGAUCAAAUUGAUGAGUAUCUAAAACUUGGGGCAAGUACGGCAAGAGAAUGUCUUAUACACUUUGUUGAUGGAGUGAUUCGUGAAUUCUCAACAGAAUACCUGCGGAAGCCAAAACGCCGAAGAUCUUGUUCGUCUCCUUAA